AGUAAAACAGCCGUUCACACUUCAGCAGAUCAUUCAGAGCAAGAGAAAACACGAGCAGGACGAAAACUUGUCUCUCACUUUCUCACUCAGGGAUUUAACCGAGUCUAUAUCAAACAUUUGACUAAAGGUUUCAUAUCCAUCCAAGAAAAUGGGUUGCUUUGGAUUUUUGAAAACCAUGAUGUUUCUCUUCAAUGGCAUCAUCUUUCUGGCAGGAGGGGUUAUUCUGGGUGUGGGCAUCUGGGUGAAGGUGGACAACGGCUCCAUACUGAAUUUUAUGCAGAGUUUACCAGGCGCUUCGAGUCAGAUGGGACAGGUGCUGAAUGUGGGAUACCUGCUGAUCGCUUUGGGAGCUGUGCUAGUCGUCCUGGGCUUCCUGGGCUGCUGCGGAGCCGUCAAAGAGAGCAGGUGUAUGCUGAUGCUGUUCUUCAUUAUUAUUCUGAUCAUCUUCAUUGCUGAAGUUGCCGGGGCGAUUGUGAUUCUGGCGUUUAGGCCGCUGGCAGAAACGCUGAUUAAACAGUUGGGAGUUGAUGCUGUGAAAAGCCUCCAAAGUGACUUUGGGAAAAACCAAGACGUCACCGGAUUGUGGAACACAACAAUGACUGGGAUGAAAUGCUGUGGAUUCAACAACUAUACGGAUUUCACAAACUCUUUUUUCGUGAACAGCACCAAGAAUUAUCCGGUGCAGUGCUGUAACACAUCUCCAUGUAAUCAGGCGGCUGUUAUGAAUUCGACUGUCACAGGUUGUUUUCCAGCACUGAUAAAGCUGGUGGAUAAAAAUGCCGUUAUCAUCAUAGCCGUAGCAUUGGGCAUCGCUGCGCUUGAGCUUGCGGCGAUGAUCGUGUCCAUGGUCCUGUACUGUAAAAUAGGUUCAAAGGCUUAACGUGUCACUUUAAUGGAAGUAUCUGUCCAAUGACCCCUCUUGAUGAUUGAGGAUGAGGUGGAAUAUCGGUUGUAAUGAUUUCAUUCUGGAUAAGAAUGACUGCUUAAAAGAAUAGUUCACCCAAAAGGACCAUUUCCUCAUUAUUUAUUUAACAUUCAUGAUUUUUGUUCUUCUGUUGAACAUUAAGAAAAAUAUUCAGAAUAAUUUUGGGGGAAAAAUAACAUUGACAUCAAUUGUUGGGGCAAAAAAAAAAUACUAUGGAAGUCAAUAGUUGUUUUGUUUUCAACAUUAUUCAGUAUUUUUUCUGUUUUGUUCAACAGAAUAAACUAAAUUUGGGUAAUCUAUGCUUUUAAUACCUUGAAUGAAAACUAAAGUCAGACUGUCAAUCUGAAAAUCUUGACAUUUUACAGUAGUAAAAUUAGCUAUUUUAAUGAUUAACAUUUCAUUGAGACUAUGAUUAUUAUUAUUAUUUUGUACUUUUUUACUUAUAUACUCUGUUUUAUUAUUUAAAAGCAUAAAACCCAAGGCAUUGCUUUGUAAUUCUAAACACACUACUGUCAUUAUAUGUGCAAUGACCAAAAUAGGCCAAAUGUUUUCUAGCAAAAUGUCGCUGUUGUAAUUUAUUGCAAACCUCUUACAAGCCAAAGGCAUUUACACAACGUGACUUCUCAUGUAAUAAAGCACAAUGUUUUAUGUUUAAAAUGUGAUGUAUAAAGUUUUUACCAAAAAAAACUGAUUAUUUUAUGUUGCUAAAAUGUUCAUAUAAAAUGUUUAUUUUGAUGAUAAUUAUAGAUAUAAAGGCAAUUUCAACUUUG